AUGGACGUCGACGGCAUCAAUGUCGCUGAUCAGCGACGUGACGAGGAGGAAGUCGAGUUCAUUCUGGGGGCCUUGCCUUCCAUAUGGCACAACACGCAGAACGUACUAAGAGAUCUUGGGUACCAGAGAGCCGCCGGCAACGAUGACAACGAGGACACCGACGAGCAACGAGGUCUCAGGCGUCGUAGAACGGACAUCGACGAGGACCACGCACAAGAAUCGAACCACACUGACAACAGCCGGCAUUCUGACCUAGAUGAAGAAAAGGUCUGCCGAAUGUGCCUCUCAUCCGAAGCCGAGCUAGGCGAUGAUGGCAUGUCGCUAGGCCGCCUCAUUUCGCCCUGCCACUGCGAUGGAAGCAUGCGCUACGUCCACGACACUUGCCUCGAUCAAUGGCGCCGCAAAUCCGCAGCAACUGAAGCAGCCCGCGUGUGCGGGCAAUGCCACGCCCGCUACCGUUUCAAGCGCACCCCUUACUCGAGCCUCAGUGCCUUCGUACAGGCGAGCCAGAUGCUCCGCAUCCUCCUCUGCGUCUUGGUUGUCUUUAUCGCCUCCUUCGUCUUUGGUGUGCUUGCCUUCGUGUCGCUUCGAGCAGUAGCUGCACUCAAAGACACUCCGCUCGCCUUCAUCCGAGAUGCCGCUCUUCGUCCCGUGUCGCUCGAGAAGUUGUCCUGGAACAUCACUCUCCGCCAAGACGAAGCCGUUGCCGAUGUUUGGAUGCCUGCAGACCUCGUCCGACGCAAUCGAGGCAGUCUGGCGCCGCUCAGCGUCGUCGACCAGGGUCUGUAUGAGAAAGCCGAUCUGGAGGUCUUUUCUCGUAUCAGGCAGCAGCAGAUUCACAAUCCAACUUACUGGAAACUAGUCAAACGACCGCUCUCCACCUAUCGAGCCAAUUACACCGGCGGCAUGAUCAUUCGUGCAAAGCUCGAAUCAGGGGAGGACGUCUCGGCCGAACUCGAGCGUCUGUCUCUCGGCUUGCCGCUGUUCCCCUUGGAGGACUGGUACUCUGACGCACGACCCGAUGCAGUGCACAACUCAACGACAUCCUUUGCCAGCAACGACUUGUUCAAAAAUUCGACAUCGUCCGGUCUACAGACACCGUACGGUCUUUCACCUUCCCUCCGCGAGAGACUCGUCGGAGCGGAUUUCAAGCUCGGCUUCAACUUGCCGUUCCUCUCAUCCAGAACCAAAUAUACGAGCGAGUCGAAGGAGGAUGACGAGGUCGAUGUCUGGCAGAGACAGAACUUGACCAUCAGAUUUAGCUACGAGGAGAUGCCAGGCAAGAUCUUUCCUGAUCUGAACGACAGCUUUAUGCUGCGCAUCAUUCCCGAGUGGCUCAGCUUCUUGCGCGCCAUCCCCUACGGCAUUGCGAUUGCCUUGAUCGACCGCUUCUACUUUGUGCUGAGCGUCUUCCAGCCAUGGUGGUCGUCGAUUGCGAGGUCGUCGCUGCAGUUGGCGUUGCUCUUGCUCGAAUCCCAUCGGGAGCUCAUGUGGUGCGCAAGCAAGGCGGCCAUCGCCGGACUGAUCGCGUACAUCGACGUCGCGUUCGAACCUGUCCGAUGGAAUCCAGACAAGGCCAUCGUGAUCGGACCACUCAGGACACCGGCUCGAAGAGCUGCGGCUGUGGCAAGAGAGGUGCUGGUACAGGCCGCAGACAGCGUGUUUGGCCCCAUGUGGCUCAAUUGGUGGGGCGGCUAUUCUCUUUCCGUCUACAUGGCGCCACGACAGUUCAUGACGACGGAGCGAGUCGAGAUGACGCAGCUUGCGGCCGUGUUCGCGCCCGCCAUCACGCUGCUCGUCGAUGUCGCAGUGGGCGGGUUGGCCACCUUCAGCGAGCGGGCAGCCAGUUUCCAAAAGACGCAUACCGACCGAUGGACGCGCGCAGAUUGGGUUCACCACGACUAUUCAGCCUCGGAGGGCUACCUCCGCCUGAUCGCAACGCUGCUCGGGGACGACGAGGCCAGCCAGGCUUCGCGGUACGAUCUGUGGCUGGAAACGAGCGGGUCGCGUCUGCUCCCGGGGCGAACGCGGCCGCUGCGCAUGGCGCUCCUGCCCAAACUCAACACCUGGAAGACGGUGAUGCUGCUCGGAUGCCUGGUCACUACGACCAUAGCGCUGCUGGCGGCGACGGUGGCGGCAUGGGAUACGACCAUCUCGCAUUUUGCACGACAGGCCUGGCGGUCGGUGGUGUGUAUCUUGCAGCUCAUCUUGCACUCGGGCGACACGUUCCGUCAGAUGUGGCGACAGACUCGAGACUUGUCGUUGUUCAUCGUUCGGUACUCUGUCGGCAAAGUCAAGGCCGUCUCGCGUCAGCUGUUGCGUGGCGUCAAGAACUUGCUUCCGGGGAACCGCGAUGUCGGCGCUUCCGACUCGACGAGCACACGGGGCUCUGACGAUACUGGCUCAGAGGCAGACCAGGCACAGCCUGCGCAGGAACAGCCAGCACAGGCACAGCCAGCACAGGCACAGGCGAUACCAGAACCACUCAUGAACGACCCCUUCCUGCAGGGCGAUAACAUGGGCAUCUUUGGAGCCAUUUUCGGGCACAUUGCAUCGAUCUACGGCUGUCUGCAUGCCUUCGUGUUUGCCAUGCGUUUCAUUCUGGUCUACCUGCCCUUUGAACCGUUCAUGAUCCUCUACGCGCUCUUGCAGAAGCUCAUUCAGGUGGACGUGGCCAACACGGAGGUGUUGGAUCGCGAUGGCAAUGUGUAG